GAAGAUACACCCUACCUACCGCUAGGUCGCAUUCCGACGUCGGCGCGUUCAACGCCUCCUCCUCAGGCUCCAUCUCCAUCGAUCGACCAUGAUGGAGUCGCUGCAAGGGAUGCCGUUGUCCUACAAACAGCCCGUCACAGCCCAUGACCUGCCAGAUGAGAUUCUGGCCGAGGUUUUCUCGUCCGCUGUCUCGCCCAUAUCGCCCAGGCCGGGGGUAGUCGAUGUUUCCCAAACUAUCACUACAUUGGCCCGCGUGUGUUCGUACUGGCGCACAGUAGCCGACCAGGAUGCACGCCUGUGGACGACAAUACUCAUCCGCGGGACGACGACCGCUGAGAAGUUGCGCCUAUCGGAGUACCUACGACGCUCACGCACAUGCCCCAUCAAGGUCAUCGUUGCUCCUUUGCAUAUCCUGGACGAUGACUAUCGUUGCUGCAUAACGGGGCUUCAGCCCCACAUGCAUCGUAUCGUACAACUGUUUGUCAAGAUGAACAACAGUUGGGUUAUGAAGGAGGUCAUCAAUUGUCUCACAACCGCCGCGCCUCAACUCCGAGAGCUCACUCUGGGCCUCGUCCAGCCUGAGCUGGAUGUCGACGCACUGGCCAAUCCCUUCGACAUUUCAGCACCAGAUAUUUGAAUCAACGCUUCCCAAUGGUCUGCGCUGUUUGACGGACACACGCCCGCGCUGCGUACACUCUGCCUGUCCCCCGUGUGGCUUUCGCCGUUGCCGUCCAUUCUGCAGCUUUCGCCGUUGCUGUACAUUCUGCAGAACUUGUGGCAUCUGACAUUGGCUGACAAUCUCGAGUUUCCCAUCUCCGCGGACCAGCUGUUGGACAUACUCGGUCGCUGUUCCGAGCUGAAAUCCCUCACUAUACACCAUAUCCAUCCGUACACCCUCAAAGCGCAGCAGCGUAUCAUCACUCCCCGAGUCGAAGAAACU